CGAGGGUUCGAAGGAAGCGCCGCAACGUCCGGCCGCGUGGAUGUAGCGUGAUGCUCUUUUUGCUUUUCGGUUUGUUUUUUGUUCAUCUCAUUUAUUUAUUCCGAUGUAAUCUCUUCCAGCUCGUUUUUUGUUCAGUCGGCCUUCAGUGUUACCUGUGCCGGGACGCCAAUGCCUUGUCUAUCGGUUCGCUCCCCAUUGCCCUUGGAUAAUCAGUGUUUUUGCCAAUUCAAUCUCAUUAGCUGGUGUGAAAGUGCUUAGCGAUUACAUGCGGUUUUUGGUGCUCCAUUUUCAAGAAUAUGUUCUUGUGGUUCAGCGUUAGGUGCACUAGUGUUUGAUUGUGUGUUGCCCGCGGGCUGUGAUGAUGGAAUCGUUGGAUUAUCUGCUGCUUCUUGCUCGGACUUCGUUGCACAACCUUGAUCUUCUACAAAUGGAACCUCCUCAUUCGCCCAAGUUCAAUCUGCCUCUGUGGCAGCCGUGGGUAGCAUCUCCUCAAAAAGAAACUCCAAGCACAGCUUCGAGCGGCGAGUCGGAGGGUGACCGGACACUGUCGCCAGAAACGACGCGUGCUCAGCCGAAGGAGCUUACGGGCAAGUGGAGGCGCGAGCGCCGAACCAGGCAGCCCGACUACAGGCCCAGAGAAAACGGCAAGAUGGCGCUCCGCUCGCAGUCGUUCAACGAGCGGCGGAGCGGCCCCGCGCUGGCGCGGGCGCCGCACAGCGACGGCGAGCUGGAUGACGAGGACGCGCCCGCCAACCUGACUACUAAUGGGAAAGCGCCCCCCGAGUACCCCGGCAAGCACGAGGCGCCUAUCGACAUGCGGCUGCGCUCGCGGCCCGCGCCGCCGCCCUACAACCGGCCCUCCGUCAUCACCAAAAGCGACACGCCGCCUGGUUCAAUGUCGAUGUGCGACCCGGUAAUCGACGAGCACUUCAGGCGGUCGCUCGGCGACGACUACAUGAACCUGUUCAAAAAGAACACUGAGAACAGCCAGCCCGGCCCCAAGCCCAACACCAAGGACCGCGCCAGCAGCCCCAUCCAGUUCAAACCCGAGGAGCCGCCCAAACCCGCCAAAAUCAUCGCCAUGGAGGUCGACGACGCCUCUCUCUCCGUCGACGACCACUUCGCCAAGGCCCUAGGUGACACGUGGAGGCAAAUACAAACCUCAAGGUUAAGGGAAACAGAGAAAACUCAAGCCAAAGGCGGCGUCGACGACCACUUCAGCAAAGCGCUCGGCGACACGUGGAAGAAAAUACAAAACCCGAAACUCAAUCUCGACGAUGAGAAGAAAGAUCAAACGACGAAAAUUAUUUCGAGGAGCGGCGUCGUGAUAUAAUAGCGUCGUUGCGGCCUGGCGGUUCCGUUAACGACUCGGUCUUUACGAGUCAUUUCAUGAUACUAGCUUGAGUAUCAAUAAAUUCCCACUUGUUUAAUGUUAAGCUAUUUACCGUGAGCGCGGUGGCUCGUAACGUUUACGUUCGACGUCCGAAUCCAUGACAAUCUGUUACCUAAUUAGGCUUUGGGAAGUAUUUUUUUAAAGUUAUUUAGUCAAUUAGUAGUCACCAGUUACACUAUAUAAGUUAUUACCUCAAUAUAAACGCUUCUGCACGAUUCACUGUACUUAGGAUUAAGUGUUGUAAAUAUUAGUCACCUACUGUUAUUUAAGCUUUAGCGUUCGGCGGGGUAAAGAUGUCGUGUGUAACUAUUCUUGUAACUGUAAUGUUCCUCAUAUAAUAUAAGUUAGGUUUCAGUGGAUUCUUAUUCGAAUAAGCGACAAUGAAGUACCCAUCGAAAUUGAAUGUCAGUACCUACUAUAUGUAAAUAAGGAUAAGUAAAUAUAGGAUAUAUUUAUAGCUAAAGAUUUCAUUGUACUCUGAUUGUGUUAUGAGCGUACAUAGUACAUAAUAACUAUAAAAUUAGAUAGGGCUAAAUCAAUGGACUAAAAGGGGUUCCUAUCAUAGAUAGCUGUUGUAUCAGACAUUUUUCCGAUUUUGCUUAAGGGAUAAUAUUUAUGUCGAGAACUGAAGAUAACUGGAUUUACAGAGUUUGUAAAAAACCUCAUUUGGAUCAAAUUAACUGAGUUUUGUAGGGUGAUAGAAUCUAAUUCAGGUAAUAAACUUCUAUACCCUUAAUGGUAAUAAGGGUGGACGCCAUCUACACCAAAGCCAAAUUAUUCAAAAGUUUGUAGCUGUUUGCUCCAACACCAAGGGUAUGUCCGUGCAACGUCAGAUCAAAAAUGUUAAAGGCCUUACUACAGUAAAUACUCACCAAUAUCAAUUUCCAUUUAUUUAGAGAUGGAUAAGAUGGCAAGUACUACAUAAUAACCGUUUAUAAUUUAAACGUCGAGUUGUAAUUAUACCUAUCAUUAAAGUCUUAAGACGUUGUCACGUGAAACUUUAAGAGGCUUUUAAAUAUUUCUGCUUACAAUAUUCAUUUACG